ACAUUUGAUUGAUUGACAGUAUCAAUUUGGAAAAUAAAUUUAUAUUGCUAAUCACGCACAAUAUAAAUUUAAUCACAAACUAAUCAUGGUUAUCCCAUCUUAUCCCUGAUAGCUUUACCUUGCUUUUAGCUUAAGUUAUGGCUGCUUUGAUUUGCAGCAUAAUCAUGUUAGAAAAGCAAAAGAAACGCGUUUGACAUUUGCAGAAUAUACUUAUCCUAUUCCCCAUUUUCUCCACUUCAAAUUCCUUCUUCCCAUUCUGCACUAAUUAAAGCAGAUUCUCAUCACACUCUUUUAUAACAAUACCUUUUUACAUUGAUCACCAAACCAGCUAUGAAUAACCAAUCUAAUAUUUCUCAAGAACCCGCACAACCCUCUACAACUUCUGAUCAUAUGGAUAGGCAGAAAUGGGGCACCCAUGUCAUGGGUCCUCCAGCAGUACCAACUACUCAUCCAGACAACAAAAAAGCUGCCUUAUGGAAAGCUCAUGAUCAGCAGCCUUACCUUGUGUAUUCCCCUGUUGAAAAAACUAGCAACAAUCCUAUUGAUUCUGUUGCUCAUGUGUUCAAUUCUUGGAGUAAUAGAGCUGAGACCAUCGCCCGCAACGUCUGGCAUAACUUGAAAACAGGUCCAUCGGUAUCUGAAGCAGCAUGUGGAAAACUUAAAUUGACAGCCAAGGCAUUGACAGAGGGUGGAUUUGAGCCACUUUACAAGCAGAUUUUUCCAACAGACCCAAAUGAGCAGCUGAAGAAGACAUUCGCUUGCUACCUUUCUACAGCAACUGGUCCUGUUGCUGGAACUCUAUAUCUGUCAUCAACCAAGGUGGCGUUUUGCAGUGAUCGGCCCUUAUCUUUCAGAGCUCCAUCUGGACAGGAGGCUUGGAGCUAUUACAAGGUGGCAAUACCAUUGGCAAACAUUGGAAAUGUCAACCCAGUAGUCAUGAGAGAAAAUCCAUCAGAAAGGUAUAUUCAAAUUGUCAGCAUAGAUGGCCAUGACUUUUGGUUUAUGGGAUUGAUCAAUUUUGAGAAAGCAAAGCAUCAUCUCCUAGAGACUUUAUCACAUUUCAGAGGCCAACCUUAUGGUGGAUAUUGAAAUGUUAUGUGAGUGACAUUUUCUUGGAUUGCCCGUCUGUUUUGUUCUCUUUAUGUAUUUGGAAGAGAUAUUAACAUACCAUUACUAGUAUGUCACCAUAAAGUAGAGAUCUUGGGUGUUUCAGAUGUUUUCAAGAAAAUACUCUCUUGUCCA